CCAAUGUCUCAACAUCUCAGUCUGCUUAAAGGAAUUACGGGGAAUGAGUAAUAUAUCUCGCUUUUUUGAGAUUAAUCUUCAUUGACAUGUUUUUGUUUUUUCUUUUUUUCUUGGUACUAACCUUCCACUGAUCUGGAAAUCGAGACAUGUUGGAUCCCAUAAGGGUUCUCUCAAUGCCUGUUUCUCUAUUGACAUGUUUUAAUGCUCUCUGGUUUGCUCAUUCCAGCUCUGCAGCAAAUUUCCUGAUCAGAAGCUAUGGGAGGAGCUUCAAUGGAUUUGCUGCCAAUCUCACAGAACAGGAGGUGAAAGAGUUGACAAGUAUGAAAGAAGUAGUCUCCGUUUUUCCCAGCAUCCCACUCCAGCUUCACACAACAAGAUCUUGGGAUUUUUUAGGAUUAACUGAGACCAUUAAGCGCAAUACAACAAUUGAGAGUGAUAUCAUCAUUGGUGUUAUUGACUCUGGAAUCUGGCCUGAAUCAGAAAGCUUCAAUGACAAAGGUUUUGGUCCACCUCCCAAAAAGUGGAAGGGUGUCUGUCAUGGUGGCAAAAAUUUCACUUGCAACAACAAGAUCAUUGGAGCUCGAUAUUACACUCCAGCUAACUCUACAAGAGACUACGUUGGUCAUGGCACCCAUACUGCAUCUAUAGCUGCUGGAAACCCUGUAACAGGUGCUAGUUUCUUUGGACUGGCACAAGGAACUGCAAGAGGAGGGGUUCCCUCUGCAAGGAUUGCUGCAUACAAAGUUUGUGAUGAAGUGUGUAAUUCAGAAGAUUUGUUGGCAGCUUUUGAUGAUGGAAUUGCUGAUGGAGUCGACUUGAUAACAAUUUCACUAGGACCUGCAGAUACGGUUGACUUCUUUCAAGACACCAUGGCAAUUGGAGCUUUCCAUGCGAUGCAAAAUGGAAUUCUUACCAUUAAUUCUGCAGGCAACAGUGGGAUAUUUGGACCACUAUUUACGACAAGUAUAUCACCAUGGAUGCUUUCUGUUGCAGCAAGCAGCACAGAUCGCCUGUUCAUUUCCAAUGUUGCACUCGGAAAUGGAAACACACUAAGGGGUUUUGCAAUCAAUUCUUUCUCACUAAAUGGAACAAAGUUUCCACUAAUUCAUGGAAAAGAUGCUUCAUUUCGUAAUUGCUCUAAAUCAAGAGCUAGGUUGUGCAGGGGGUGUCUGGAUAGUAAUGCAGUGAAGGGAAAGAUUGUCCUAUGUGACGAGUUUGAUGGAAUUGUUGAAGCUAAGAAAGCUGGUGCAGUUGGAUCAGUUCUCCUAAAUGAUGCACAUAAUUUUGUUGCAGAUAUUGUCUCAUUACCUGCCUCAGCCUUAAGCAAGCGCAACUAUAGUCUUGUGAUGUCCUACUUGAAUUCCACCAAAAAUUCUGUGGCAGAAAUAUUAAGAACUGAAGCCAUUAACGAGUAUGCUGCUCCUCUAGUUGCUCCCUUCUCUUCGCUGGGGCCAAACUAUAUUGUGCCAGAUGUUCUGAAGCCGGAUUUAAGUGCUCCAGGUGUGGAUAUCUUGGCUGCAUAUUCACCCAUUGCUUCUCCUUCAGAUGACCCUUCAGACCAAAGGCGGGUUAGAUAUAAUAUAUUAUCGGGAACUUCCAUGUCUUGCCCUCAUGCUGCGGCUAUUGCUGCAUAUGUUAAAACGUUUCACUCUGAUUGGUCUCCUUCGGCCAUCAAAUCUGCUCUCAUGACCACUGCUUCCCCCAUGAAUCGAAAAAUCAAUCCAUAUUCUGAAAUUGCUUAUGGAUCUGGACAUAUUAAUCCAGUAAAUGCUGUUGAUCCAGGACUUGUUUAUGAAGCCUUGAAAGAAGACUACAUAAAGUUGCUUUGCAGUAUGGGAUAUAAAUCAGAUUUAGUAAGGAGAGUAUCUGGAGAUAACAGCUCUUGUCCAGAAGCCUCCCACAAUGUCCCAGCUAGGGAUCUGAAUUAUCCUUCACUAGCAGCUCAGGCAGAAGUGUCUCCAAACUCCAAUCUCACAGUCACAGUGGUUCCUGCAGUUUUAUCCUUCAAAUCUUUGAACGAAAAUAAGUCUUUCAACGUCACUGUUACUGGAAACGCUCUGACACCAGCUUCAUUUGUGUCUACAGACUUGGUAUGGUCAGAUGGUAACCAUAAGGUCAGAAGUCCAAUUGUCAUACACACAUUCCAAAGCAUUAACAGCACUUAUCAAGCUCCUUCCAAGUUCUCUAUCAUAUAGCUCACCAUUUCUUUGCAAUUAUGAUGUGCCGCUCCAUGUGCCUUGUUAUAUUGAGAUUUUGAGUAAAUGCUACAAUAUUGAGCUCAGGUUUAUUUCCUUCUCUUAUCACAUUGGACUCCUUUUUCUAAUUGUUUGUUGCAAUAAUUUUAUCCUGAUUCUUGUAGUUAGACUUGCUGAUUUUUUUGUAAUUGGAUUCUAGUAGCAGCCUGGACAGCCAGUGCUGCUUUGUACAUGGAUUUUGGUAUUAUAAGUAAUAAGAUUCACUUUUUACC